CCCUUUGCCUGUCCAGAUGGACGAACAGAACCAAAAAAAAUAUAUCUUUGAUUACUAUAAGAAAAUAAAUACUAUAAUUUGAUCACUAAAAUUAGUAUUUUUUAAAUAGAUACUAAUAGAAUCAUAUUAAAAAAUGCCAAAAAUUAAAGCAGAGAAGAAAUCCCGCGUACAUAAUGAAAUAGCAAAGCAAGGCAUACAAUUUAACAAGGAUUUUGGUCAACACAUAUUAAAGAAUCCUUUAAUAAUAACUUCUAUGUUGGAUAAGGCAGGCUUAAGACCAACAGAUGUGGCCCUCGAAAUAGGUCCAGGUACAGGAAAUAUGACCAUAAAAAUGUUAGACAGAGUAAAAAAGGUCAUAGCUUGUGAAAUAGAUACAAGGUUAGUGGCUGAACUGCAAAAGAGAGUUCAGGGAACACCAUAUCAAGCUAAGUUACACAUAAUUGUUGGAGACGUAUUAAAGACGGAACUGCCAUUCUUUGAUAUUUGUGUAGCAAAUAUUCCAUAUCAAAUCAGUUCACCCUUAGUAUUUAAACUGCUACUUCAUAGACCUUUCUUUCGAUGUGCUGUUUUGAUGUUUCAAAAGGAAUUCGCUCAGAGACUUGUUGCAAAACCUGGCGACAAAUUAUACUGUAGAUUAUCAAUCAAUACACAGCUAUUGGCUAGAGUUGAUAUGUUAAUGAAGGUUGGCAAAAACAACUUUAGGCCACCACCUAAAGUAGAAUCUAGUGUUGUAAGAAUUGAGCCAAGAAAUCCUCCACCUCCUAUUAACUUUGUUGAAUGGGAUGGUCUUACAAGAAUAGCAUUUGUCAGAAAGAAUAAAACUCUAGCAGCAGCUUUUAAACACAGUACUACAAUGGCAGUUUUAGAUAAGAACUAUAGGGUACAUUGUUCAUUACAUAACAAGGAAAUACCAGAAGGAUUUGAUAUAAAGCAAAAAGUACAAGAAGUGCUUACCUCAGCUGAAGCAGAUCAAAUGCGUGCGAGAACAAUGGAUUGUGAUGAUUUUAUGAAAUUGUUACAUGCUUUUAAUUCAGAGGGAAUACAUUUUGCAUAGAC